AGAGAAGAAUUCCCAAGCAUCCAAGGUGUUUAUUACCACUGACCUCUGCGGGCAGAAGUUCCUGUGCUUUUUAGUGGAAUCCCAGCUCCAGCUGCGCUGUGUAAAAUUUCAAGAGAGUAACGAUAAGUCACAGUUGAUCUUUGGUUCUGUCACCAAUAUUCAAGCAAAGGAUGCAGCUCCAGUGCAGGGCAUUGAUACAUUGCUGGUUCUGGAAGGCAGUGGAAAUCUAGUGCUUUAUUCUGGAGUGGUUCGGGUGGGGAAGGUUUUUAUUCCUGGACUGCCUGUUCCAUCCCUGUCGAUGUCCAACCAAAUGCCUCGACCAAGCACCCCUUUGGAUAGUAUCAGCACUCCAUCCAAGCCUUUGAGUAAACAUCUGGGGCCUUUAGAAGAG